GUGUGUGUGUGUGUGUGUGUGUGUGUGUGUGUGUGUGUGUGUGUGUGUGUGUGUGUUGGAAACGAAAUCGAAAGAGUUCUGUACUUUAACUGACAGUCUGCGUUCGUAAGGUUUGUUGCUAAAACAUCAAGACUGCAGCAUAAUGAACUCUAAAGUCCCGAAAACUGUGAUCAAACGUUAUAAUCGGGCUGACGUCACCAUUCCAUUUGCGAAUGCAGAUGAUGAAUUCGACGUCGAGUGUGAAGGGUUUCCGCUUCCCACUGCUCGGAUGUCCUGUGGCCACGUUGUCACCCCGAUGUCUCUGACCAAACAUUGCCUUUAUUUGUUGGGAAAGGGGGAAUACAAAUUUGUCUGUGGCCAGUUUAACUGUAAUGUAGAGUGGCCAUAUGAGGAGGUUCGUAAAAUGGCUCUCCUGACCCCUGAAGAAAAGGAGUACUUUGAAAAGAUCAUGGCCCACAAUGCUGUCAAGAAUUACUUUGACUCCAAAUUUUGUCCUGGAUGCAAAUUCUCAGUGACAAGAAAGAAUGAGUCUAAUCUGAGCGUUCGCUGCCAAGUCUGCACAACAAACAAAGGACACAUCUACGAAUUCUGCUGGCAGUGUUUGAGGGAGUGGAAAGGUCCACAACCACGUUUGGACCGUUGUGACAAUGACGGCUGCACCAACGAUUCACUGAAAACACUGAGAACCUGCCCAGCUUUGGUGUUUGAUGAAGUAAAAGGAGUCAAUGGGUGUCCGUCUGUUCGGGCCUGUCCGACCUGUGGUACUCUGGUGGAGCACACUGGGAAGAAAUGUAAAAAUAUUAAAUGUCGCAAGUGCAAGGUGGAGUUCUGUUUUGUGUGCUUAAAGACCACAGCUGAUUGUAGGGCAAUAAAACCUGAUUAUUAUGGACCAUGCUCCAGUGGUCUUGCCCCCCGACAGACCGCCAUACCUGUGUGGAACAGAAAAUAGUGAAUCACUAUGAUUCUUUUUUAUAAAUCAGCAUAUACUUAAGUUAUGUAAUACCAGCGUUUUUUGCUCCUAUUGUUCCAAAUUUCACCAUCUGGCACAAAAUAUCUUAACAUAAAGAUUUUUGUUUCGGUCAUAACUACCUUUGUUUCGCUCGUCAGAAAGUUUCUCCCAAAUAAACACACUAUGCAGAUGAUAUGUAUGUUUAUGAUUUUUUUCUUUUCUUUAAAAUAAAGAAUAGCAUAUAAAACCUGAAA